AUGAGUUCUGAUUCAUCGUCUCGUGCUCAGUCCGACGAGGAAAUAUCACAUUCUUCUUCCGAAGAAGAGGUACCUCCCGCUCCCACCGGAUGGGAUGUAGCGGGUUUCGCCAACAACCCAAUCAACAACUAUAUCUCCCGCUACAUACAAAGCGAGAUCGCUCGAAUGCAGCAGCCACCCCCCCAACGGCCAAUCCGCCGGCGGCGCCGAUACAUCCCUCGCAACCACACUGGUGCGCACGAUCGGCUGUUCGCCGAUUAUUUCGCGGAGGAACCACGUUAUCCGGCAGAUGUAUUUCGUCGCCGGUUCAGAAUGCGCCGCUCCCUCUUCCUGCGCAUUGUUAAUGCGUUGUCCGCGCGUUACCCCGAGUUCCGGCUCCCGGCGAGACGCAGCAGCGGAAGCCCGGACAAUCGCCCCUGGCAGAAAUGCACUUGUUGCCAUCCGGCGUUGGCAUACGGAGGGUCCGCCGACAUGUUCGAUGAGUAUCUGCAAUGCGGCGAGACGACUGGCAACGAGUGCCUGAAGAAUUUCUGUCAGGGCGUGCGAGAGAUAUUUGGGGAGCACUACCUUCGCUCGCCGGACGCAGCUGACUGCCAGUUCCUACUGGAUUGGCACUGGAGGACCCACGGCUUUCCGGGGAUGCUCGGCAGCAUCGAUCGUAUGCACUGGCAGUGGAAGAACUGCCCAACCGCGUGGCGAGGCCAGUUCACUACCGGCUACAAAGGCCCCUCCAUCGAAUUCACGGCCAAUGGCAAUGUGCAUAACAUGGGGUACUACCUGGCUGACGGCAUCUAUCCGCAAUGGCCCGUGUUUCUGAAGACGAUCAGAUGCCCACUCGGAGAUAGAAGAAGGUAUUUUGCCCGAGCGCAAGAGUCUGCGCGCAAGGAUGUGGAGAGGGCAUUUGGGGUGCUCCAAUCGCGAUUUGCACUGGUAAAGGGCCCGACGCGCUUUUUCUACCAGGGGGAUAUUGCCGAUAUCAUGUAUGCGUGCAUCAUCAUGCAUAACAUGAUCAUCGAUGAUGAACACGAAGGCGUCCUCGACGUCACCAACGACCCAAGUGUUGCAUCAUCGAGUCACGGUGUCUCAACCGAGUCCGCCCGCCAGGGUGUACCGCACAACGAACAUGAACGGUUCCAGGCGUUCAUGGACAUACACCAGAAGGAGGCCCAUCAAGCACUACAACACGAUAUCAUCGAAGAAUUGUGGGAUAACUGA